AUGUACGCCUCCGCAGUCCGAAGGUCCGCCACCUUCACCCUCGCCAAUGGCGCCCAGAUCCCCAAGCUCGGCUUCGGAACAUGGAAGAUGUCCAAGGAAGAGGCCGCGCCCGCCGUCGCCCACGCGCUCAAGGCCGGCUUCCGCCACCUCGACUGCGCCUGGGCCUACCGCAAUGAGGACGCCGUCGCCCACGGCAUCAAGCAGGCCGGCAUCAAGCGUGACCAGCUCUGGAUCACCUCCAAGCUCUGGAACAGCUUCCACGACCCAGAACACGUCGAAAAGGCGCUCGACGACACGCUCAAGGACCUCGGCACAGACUACCUCGACCUCUACCUCAUGCACUGGCCCGUCGCCUUCAUGAACGCAAACGGCGCCAUGGUCCGCUCCAUCCGCUCCACCGGCGGACACCCCGUCGAGGACACCGAGCUCUCGCGCGACUUCAUGGCCACCUACCGCGUCAUGGAGGAGAUGGUCAAGAAGGGCAAGGUUCGCAACAUUGGCGUCUCCAACUUCAACAUCCGCCGCAUCAGCGAGGCCACCGAGUCCGCCGAGAUCAAGCCCGUCGUCAACCAGGUCGAGGUCAACCUCGGCGUGCACAACGACGAGCUGCGCAACUAUGCGCACGCUCACGGCGUCACCCUCCAGGCCUACUCGCCCUUCGGCUCCAACCAGAACGCCGCAAAGUACCUCGAGGACCCCGUCGUCAUCGACGUCGCCCAGCGCAACAACAUCACCCCGGCCCAGGUGCUCCUCGCAUGGACGCUCGGCCGUGACAUCAUCCCCAUCACAAAGAGCGUCACGCCUUCGCGCAUCGAGGAGAACCUGCGCGUGCUCGACAUCCAGCUGCCCGAGGAGGACAUUAAGCACCUCACCGACGAGGCGCUCAGCCGUCCCAUCGAGAGGACUGUCGACCCCACCGAGGGCUGGGCCGUCCAGGACGAGAUCUUCGAGGACGGCAUCGACCAGACGCGCGAGAUGGAGCUCAAGGGCGGCGCCUACGUCCCGCCUCCCGCCCACGAGUCGCCCAUCGAGCACCGUCUCGAGCCCCGCAACGACCCCGAGACCCCCUCGCGCCAGUUCCACACCUCGGCACACCCCAUGGCCGCCUCCUCGUCGUCGUCCAGCAGCAGCCGCCGCCCCACUGCCAUCCAGGCGCGCCUCUCGCCUCGCUCCGGCUCCAGCUCCGGCUCCUCCUUCUUCCGCAGCUUCGCCUCCUCCAGCCGCUCCGCCGCCGUCGCAGAGGUGCAGCCUCCCACCGCAUCCGAGGCGCCCGUCGUCAGCACCAGCCCGCUUCUUCGCACCACCACCGACUCGGCCAUCGCCACCCCCGGCCUCCGCUUCACCGACCGAGAGUCCAACAUUGAGAGAGAGACCAAAAAGAUGAACAUGUACACGGUGCGUACCUUCUCCACAUCCGCCGCCUCCCGUGCCUCGGUUUCCGCGUCCCCUUCCGCUUCCUCAUCUGCAGCUGCACCAGCACCCACCUCGUCGUCGUCGUCGCGCACCUUCCCGGAUAAGAAGGCGUUCCUGUACGAAAAGUACCUGCGUCUCUUGCGCGACAGCCCCAUGGUGCUGGUGCUGCAGCACAACAACCUCAGCGUCGCCGACUUCUCCAAGCUCCGCGCUGAUCUCGCCGCCAUCAAGCUGCCCGAGGGCGAGGCGGCGCGCGCCAGCCUCACCGUCGUGCGCGCCGGCCUCAUCAAGGCGGUCACACGCGAGCUCUCGGCAGACAACCCCGCCAUGGCUCAGCUCCAGCCCGCGCUCAGCGGUCCGAUUGCUUUGCUGACGUGCCCCCAUCUUACCCCUGCGUACCUCAGCGCGCUGUUUAACGUGGUCGACCGUGCGCUCGGCCAUGCGCCGCCGCGUGCGCCGGCUGCGGGACAGUCGUUCCCCGCCGUCGCGGUGGCCAACCCGCGUCUGGUGCCGCUCGCCGCCGUGCUCGAGGGCAACAGACUCCUCCCGGUGCCUCAGACCCGCGACGUCGGCAGGAUCGGCAGCCUGGACCAGCUCAGGGCACAGAUCGUCGGCCUCCUCAGCGCGCCCGGCCAGCAGCUGGCCGGCGUGCUCUCGCAGGCCUCGGGCUCCCAACUCGCGCUCACCCUCGAGGGCCGCAAGCGCGACCUCGAAGCGAAGCAGCAUAUAGAUCUGCACCGCCAACAGACCACAUUACUCGCUGUCCGUUCGGCGAUCCGCGAUGCGCAGGCGCACGUGCUCGCCGCCGAUCCGACGGCGUGCGUGUUUGGCGAAGACGUUGCGUUCGGCGGUGUCUUCCGUUCGACUAUGGGCUUGGCCGAGGAGUUCGGCCGUGACCGCGUAUUCAACACGCCGCUCACCGAGCAAGGCAUCGUGGGCUUUGGCAUCGGCAUGGCCGACAUGGGGCACACCGCCAUCGCCGAGGUGCAGUUUGGCGACUACAUCUUCCCGGCGUUUGAUCAGAUUGUCAACGAGGCGGCCAAGUACAACUACCGUUCGGGUGGGCAGUUCAGCGCAGGGAAGCUGACCAUCCGCGCGCCGUGCCAGGGUGUCGGACACGGCGCGCUGUACCACUCGCAGUCGGUGGAGCAGUUCUUCAUGCCCGUGCCGGGGCUCAAGGUGGUGAUCCCGCGCAGUCCGAUCCAGGCCAAGGGACUGCUGCUCUCGUCGAUCCGCGACGAGAACCCGGUGGUGUUCCUGGAGCCCAAGAUGCUGUACCGCAGCUCGGUGGAGCAGGUGCCCGUGGACGACUUUACCAUCCCGCUGUCCGAGGCCGAGGUGGUGCAGCCGGGUGAGGAUCUGACGCUCAUCAGCUGGGGCGCGCCGCUGUACGCGUGCAUCGAGGCGCUCGACGUGCUGCGCAACCCGCCGGCGGCGAUCGCCAAGCACUUCCCCCAGGCGGUGCGCAGCGCGAGCGUCGAGGUGAUCGACCUGCGCACCAUCCUGCCCUGGGACCGCGAGACCAUCACGCGCAGUGUGGCCAAGACGGGCCGGUGCGUGAUUGUGCACGAGGCACCCGUGACCGCGGGAGCCGGCGCCGAGAUCGCUGCGCACGUGCAGCAGAACUGCUUCCUCAACCUCGAGGCGCCCGUGGCGCGCGUGGGUGGCUGGGACACGCCCUUCCCGCACGUCGGCGAGCUCUUCUACAAGCCCGAGGCCAUCCGCAUCGCCGACGCGCUCGUCAAGUCGCUCACCUACUAG